AUGUCCGACAACCUGACUGCCACUACACUGCCACCUCCUCCCACCGCUGGAGCACCUGGUGUCUCCAGCCCUCCUGGUACAAAUGGCACAAGUCACCUCCCAACAAUGCCUCCUCCGGCCCUCCCUCCCGUUGUCAUACCUCAAAACAAUGCACCUGUACCACAGCAGAUGUCCGCCACUGAUCCUUCCUCUGGUGGAGGUCAGGUAAGACGAGCUGCCCCUGAACCGAACAAGCGUGCCUUGUACAUUGGCGGACUGGAUCCAAGAGUCACUGAGGAAGUCUUGAAACAAAUCUUCGAGACUACUGGUCACGUUGUAUCUGCCAAAAUUAUCCCAGACAAGAACUUCCAGUCAAAAGGUCUCAACUACGGUUUCGUCGAAUUUGACGACCCUGGUGCUGCUGAGCGAGCUAUGAAUUCACUGAAUGGUCGAAGGGUUCACAACUCUGAGAUCAAAGUCAAUUGGGCGUAUCAGUCCAAUUCGAACAACAAAGAGGAUACUUCGAGUCAUUUUCAUAUAUUUGUCGGCGAUUUAAGCAAUGAAGUCAAUGAUGAAGUUCUUCUGCAAGCCUUUUCAACUUUCGGCUCAGUUUCAGAAGCACGCGUUAUGUGGGAUAUGAAGACUGGUCGCUCUCGAGGCUAUGGCUUCGUUGCAUUUAGAGAACGCAGCGACGCCGAAAAAGCCGUGUCUAGCAUGGACGGUGAAUGGCUUGGAAGUCGUGCCAUUCGUUGCAAUUGGGCCAAUCAAAAAGGUCAACCUUCAAUCUCCCAGCAACAAGCUAUGGCUGCUAUGGGUAUUACUCCCACCACUCCUUUUGGCCAUCAUCAGUUCCCAACUCAAGGCGCCCAGUCCUACGAUAUGGUAUUGAGCCAAACACCAAGCUGGCAGACAACCUGCUACGUCGGCAAUCUCACUCCCUACACGACCCAGAAUGACCUUAUUCCACUAUUCCAGAACUUUGGCAAUGUCGUCGAAACUCGCUUCCAGUCCGAUCGUGGAUUUGCUUUCGUCAAGAUGGAAAGUCACGAAACUGCAGCCAUGGCAAUCUGCCAGCUCUCGGGCUAUAACGUAAACGGACGACCUCUCAAGUGCAGCUGGGGCAAGGACAGGCCACCCACUGGGCAAUUCGAGCUCUCUCCACAACCUUCGCUGAACUCUGCUACAACCCCUGGUGGUUACAGUGCUUCUUCUCCCUACUUCCCUCAAUAUGGCGGUGCUCCCGCCACAACACCGCAGGGUUACCACAAUCCUCGCGCAAGCUGGGCAGGUCCACCUCAACAACACAUGCAUAGUCCCUACACCACAACUCCAGGCUCGCAGCCUUUCAGUCCCCUACCCAACAGUGCCGGUUCCUUCGCAUACGGCCACAGUCACUCACCAAGCGCAGCAGGCCACGGUUACCAGCCACACAUGCCGAACUACGUAGGUCAGCAAGGUGGUUACCAGUAUUGA